CUUAAACUGUGCCGAAUUCAGAGACUUUUGGAUAUCUUGGGGAGGAGAUUCAGGCCUACAGGUUGGACAAGGUAAAAUCGUGGGAACUAAUACCAUCAUGAAGAACUCCACUAAGUUUACUCCAUUUGAGGAUUCAUUUUCGGUUGGAAAUGAUCACAGUGAUGAUGUUUCUUUUUCAUCUCUAUGGCUUUUUGACCGGCCAAAUCCAAAGCCAGAAAUCAUCAACAUAACUGAAAGAAAAGUGAUUCCCUCUCCACAUGAAGUCGAAAGUACAACAAUAACCAUGUCUGUGGACAUAAAUGUUGCAUUUGAAUUUGAAGUGAAGUGGUUCAGGGAUGAAAUUCCCGUUACACCGUUUUCUGGAAGAUUUUUGAUCCGCCAAUCCUUAAUAGAAGUGAUGAAGUGCUCACUCACAAUCUUACAGCUAGAUCUUCAAGAUGAAGGCCUAUGGACCGUCAGAGUUUCAAAUAAUAAUUCAGAAGCCGCUGUCAACUUUCAUAUAAAGGUAAAGCCAGGAAUUCAGAUUGAGAUUUUACCACAUGACGGAGUUUCCAUACAAAAAGGGGAUACUUUAACUCUUGUUUGUAACAUAACAAAUCUGGACGAUUUACAGAGGUUUUCGAUAAACGUUUCCCUGUUGACGUGGUAUAAAGAUGGAAUCAAAAUACAAGAAGGUUAUUCUCAGAAAACUUUUACGAACCAUCGGUCCUCUAAAAUACUGCAGAUCCAUUCUGUUCAGGAGAGUGACAGAGGGACAUAUACCUGUAACCACGAGAGAUAUCCGAUAUCAGGGGUGAAAAACGUAGUAGUGGACAUUUAUAACCAGGAAAUUAUCCGAAUAACGCAAAAGGAAGCGCUUCCCUCCCUACAUGAAGUGAAAGGAACACGACUGACAAUGUCUGUAUACGUCAACGUAAGAAUAAAUUUUGGGGUUCAAUGGUUUAGAAAUGGAAUUAUCGCCACACAGUCUUCUGGGAGCUACACAAACUGCCAGCCAUAUAUGGAAGUUAUGAAAUGCUCACUCACAAUCUUACAGCUAGAUUUUCAAGAUGAAGCUGUUUGGACCGCCAGAGCUUCAAAUGAUAAUUCUGAAGCUUCCACAAACUUUCAUGUAAAGGUGAAGCCUGGAAUUAAUAUUGAGAUCCAACCAAAUAACGACAUUUUCAUUCAAACAGGAAAUACUUUAUAUCUUGACUGUAGAAUAACAAAUCUGGACGAUUUACAGAGGUUUUCGAUAAACGUUUCUCUGUUGACGUGGUACAAAGAUGACGUCAGAAUACAAGAAGACAAUUCUAGGAUGACGGUCACCACCCAGCGGUCCUCUAGAUCACUCCUGAUAUAUCCCGUCCAGGAAAGUGACGAAGGCAUAUAUACAUGUAACCAUGACAAAUAUCGGGUAUCAGGGGUGAGAAACGUUAAAGUAGGCGUCUACAAUCAGGAUAUCUUUAUAAUGAAAAAGGAAGUGGAUCCCUCGCUACAUCAACCUGUAGGCACAACAUUGACAAUGUCUGUGUACAUCAACGUCAGAUUAAGUGUUGAGAUGAAAUGGUUCAAGAACGGAGUUCUCGUUACAGAGUCUUCUGGGAGAUUCUUGAUCCGCCAGUCUAUAGAAUUGACGAAAUGCUCACUCACAAUUUUAGGAUUACUUCCUGAAGAUGAAGCCAUUUGGACCGUCAGAAUCUCAAAUGGUAAUUCGGAAGCCGCAGCCACCUUUGAUAUAAAGGUAAAGCCAGGAAUUCAGAUUGAGAUUUUACCACACGACGGAGUUUCUCUACAAACGGGAGAUACUUUAACCCUUGUUUGUAACAUAACAAAUCUGGACGACUUACAAAGGUUUUCGAUAAACGUUUCUCUGUUGACGUGGUACAAACACGGUGUUAAACUACAAGAAGACAAAUCUCAGAUAACCUUCACCACCCAUCAGUCCUCAAAUAUACUUAGGAUUUACCCUGUGCAGGAAAGUGACAAAGGCACAUAUACCUGUAAUCAUGACAAAUAUCAAAUAUCAGGGAUGGAAAACGUUAUAGUGGAUGUUUACAACAAUGAUAUCAUCUAUAUAAGAAGUAAGGAAGUCGUUCCCUCUCCACAUGAAGUUGAAGGCACAUCACUGACAAUGUCUGUGGACAUCAACAUCAGAUUAAAUUUUGAAGUGAAAUGGUUCAGGGACGGAAUUCCCGUUACACCGUCUUCUGGGAGGUACUUGAUCCGUCAAUCGUUUAGAGAAGUUAUGAAGUGCUCGAUCACAAUCUUACAGCUAGAUCUUCAAGAUGAAGCAACCUGGACAGUAAGAGUCACAAAUAAUAAUUCAGAAGCCGCCACCAACUUUUAUAUAAAGGUAAAGCCAGGAAUCAAGAUUGAGAUCUUACCACACGGCGGAGUUUCCAUACAAACGGGAGAAACUUUAACUCUUGUUUGUAACAUUACAAAUCUGGAGGAUUUACAGUUUUCAAUAAACGUUUCUCUGUUGACGUGGUACAAAGAUGACAUUAAACUCCCGGAAGAAAAUUACCGGGUAACGACUAUGACCCAUCGCUCCUCUAAAAUACUGCAGAUCCAUUCUGUUCAGGAGAGUGACAGAGGGACAUAUUCCUGUAACCACAAGAGAUAUCCGAUAUCCGGGGUGAAAAAAGUAGUAGUGGACAUUUAUAGGCUGAUAGAAAAUCUUUGCCCUUCAUCAAUGGACGUCUACGGAAUUUUUUGGCCAACUUCCUUUCCUGGAACUUUAGUGCAUUCCGAGUGUAUAGAAAGCAAACAAGGAAAGGCCAGCAGAUAUUGUGAUUAUGAUGGCACCUGGAAAGAAACAAAUGUAUCAAACUGUGAGGACGAAGACUUGUCCAAUGCCUUGAAAGAGCUCCAAAACCUAGAAAACGAAGGCAUUGUUGAUAAAGAGUAUAUUGGAAAAAUCUUUGAUAAUUCCUUAGGCGUAACAGAGAAUAUAACUGCUACUAGAUCUGGAAUCUCAUCGGAAAAUCUGUUGGCCUGCAUAAAUAUCCUUAAUAUAAUUCUAAAUAUAGUAACACGAAGCAACGCUUCUUUACCAGAGAGAGAUUUAUACAGCAUCAUGGACAAUAUCCUCGCUAUAUAUAAUAAGGAAUCGUGGAAGAUUAUUGAAGACGAGACGCAAGUUGGGUCAGACUCGAUUUUUAAGAUUAUGGAUCGGAUGAAUUUUCUACUCAUGAACGAGUCUCAGCCCGUUACAUUUACAGGUGAAAAUAUAGUUGUCCACAUCAACAACGUGUCUCUUAAAGAUACAGACCUACGAUUUUUGGAGAAUGACUCGUUUUUCGUCCUUCCGAAACAAGGAAGAGACACUUUCCAAGUUACUUACUAUGCCGCUGUUCUAUAUAAAACGAUGUCUCAACUUUUACCCAAUAGGAUACACCAUGUUUCUGGCUCCAAAAGCGACAUAGUUAUCAACUCGGUAAUUUUGGCUUUAACACUGGAGCAUCCAGUCCUUCCUUUAUCACCUCCACUGGAGUUGACCUUUCAACACAUGAGA